AUGAAGCUUUCCAUCGCCCUUCUCUUCAUCUCCCUCCAGACGCUCGCCCUCAGCCUCACCGUCUCGCCUGCGGCGCACAGCAGUGCCCUCGCCUCGGUCGGGGGUAAGGGUGGCAAGGGUGGCAAGGGUGGUAACGGCGGUGCCGGUGGUGCUGGCGGUGGCGCCGGUGGUGCUGGUGGUGCUGGCGGUGCUGGCGGUGCUGGCGGUGCCGGUGGCGCUGGAGGCGGCGAGGGAGGUGAAGGUGGUGAGGGUGGAGAGGGUGGCCCCGGCGGUGCGCUUCCCAGCUCGACGACCACCUCUUUGCCCACGACCCCGAGCUGCCGUACCGAGUGGGAUUUCAAGACCGACUUGGCCUUUGUGAAGGAGGUCGACACGGCCAGUACCUUCUGUGGCAAUGUCUCGGUCACUUCGGAGUCGCGGGUUGUCGGCCUCAACCGCGAGUUUUUCCUUAACGGUGACAAGAGCAGAUGCGGCGAGAAGGUGACUGUGCGCAUCGGCGACAAGGAGGCCGAGGCGGUCGUCUACGCCGAAGCAUUCUUCCAGGCCUUCAUUUCGGCGCCCCUCUACAAGGACCUCACGGGCAAGGACUACGUGCCUUUCACGGAGUAUGGUGAAGGCGUCACCCCAGCCAAAGUCCGCUUCGGCGUCAACCCACCCGAGUGCCCGAAGACCGAUUAG